AUGACCUUGAUCAAGUCGCGCUAUUUCAAGCGAGUGCAAAGCGACGCGAGCAUUAGUGAAGCCUUUGGCGAGACCAUCGAAAUGGCAACCAACAAUCCGCCGUCUCCGAAUAGCAACAAGCGCAAGAGAGACCAUAGCGAGUCAGGUCCUGGACGCGGUAUGAAAGCUCCUGCUACAAAUGGCGACAACUCUGCAAACGCGAUGUUUAUUUCCCUCUUGCAAGGAAUCGACGAAAACACAGGUCCAGUAGCCGCGCAAGAUGAGACAUCUCGUACCGCGCAAGCCGCUCUACAGCAGCAACAAUCCUCUUACCCCGAGCCGAACGUCUUUGACCAUUCCGGACAGACCGCAUUUGACGAAUCUCAUCUGCAGCCAGCUCUGCCACAUCAUCAACUGCAAGCUAGUGGUCAAAGCAUCUUCGACGCUCGACAGCCGCAGCCAGGCAAGCCGGCAGUGGGCACUCAAGCCUGGCACCAGCAGAGGAAGGACAGUCACAAAGAGGUUGAGAGAAGACGUCGAGAAGUAAUCAACGAGGGUAUCGAGAACAUUGCCAAAAUGAUCCCCGGCCAGGACAAGAACAAAGGCCACAUCCUGGCUAGCGCAUGCCGAUACAUACAAGAACUGCAAGCAAAGAUAGCCUCCUUCGACAGCGAACGCAAUGUCUUCGAGAUCACGCAGCAAGAGUUGACAAGGAGGAACGAAAGUCUAAGAGAUAGCGCCCAGCGUGCAUGGCAAGAGACCGCCAAAUGGAUGGGCCGAUGCCGUGAGGCAGGUCUACAGUUUGACGACUACGAUGGCAGUGUCGAAGCUGCGGAAGCUUUGGAAGAGAACACUAACCUGGCAGGCGUAGCCUCCAAUGGCGAAGGAUAUGCUGUUGACAAGGCAGAAAAUACCGUCUCUUAG